AUGUCCAGAGCGUCGAUGAUGAUGAUGAUGAUGCCAAUGUCAGUGAAGAGUGUUGCGGUGUUGCUUCUGGCCAUGGCUUGCUGCUGCGUGUGUGAGCCCCAGGCUAAUGCUGACUGCGGAGGGCCCAGCUCCAGCUGCAGCAGCCUGUGUCUCUGCUGUCUUUCUAAAGACGUGGCCAUGGUGGUGGAGAAGCUGAAGACGCUGGAGAGCAGGCUGGAGGAGAACCAGAGAGUUGUGGGGGUGUUGAGAGGUCAGCCACGGGUGGCCUUCUCCGCUGCUCUCAGGGACUCUGGUGGUGGUAACGUUGGACCCUUCUCGGUGGCCACCCCUCUCAAGUACAAGAGGGUUUUCUCCAACACAGGCAGCAGCUACAAUCCCUCAACAGGCGUUUUCACAGCGCAGGUCAAAGGCAUGUACUUCUUUCGGUUCUCCAUGUUCAGCAAUACCAUCGGCCACUCCAACUCCAUCGUUAGCCUGAUGAAGAACGGAGAGCGUCUGACGUCCGUCUGGGACACUACGGGGGCGGACGGACACGACAUGGGCAGCAACGCCGUGGUGAUCGCCAUGGAGAUGGGAGACAAUGCCUAUGUGGAGCUCCUGGCCAACAGAAUGGUGUUUGACGAAUACAUGAACUACAACACCUUCAGUGGCUUCCUGCUUUUCCCCAUGUAG